AUGACAGCCUCCGUUGCAGACAAAACCAACUCAACAAGCAGCGAUAGCUCCAGUGGACUUGAACCCGUCCGUGGCGACAUUUGCAUGGCAAUCGUUCGACUGCCUGACAUGCUCAAUGCCGAUGACGACACGGCGGCGGCCUUGGACGACCUCGGCUCGACGCUAGCUCGACUAGAACGCAAAUGCGCAGCUGCCUGUUCCUCCUUGGUAAUUGAAUCGUCCUUCCAUGACCUGCAUGCGGAAUUCGCCGACGUCACCGCAACGUGGACCUCCGUGAUGCCGACAGCGGCUGGCAGUCCAGGUGAACCCAACGACGACGAUUAUGACGCUUGGCUCGAACAAAUCGAGUCGCUGCUCGGGUCGUUGGCAGCGUCGUGCACUGAGCCAGAGGCGUUAGAUGCCAUCCGACCCGACUUUGCCGAUGCGAUCGCGCUGACCUUCUUUGAUUUGGCGCGGCUCUGCGAACAAGUGGGGCUCGUUGUGCCAGCAUUUCCAGCCACCGACGACAAAAUCGACAUCCCGUUGCCUUGCCAUGGAGGUAUGGUACAGGCGGCGACCAUCACGCCAAGAAAGGUCGUGCCUCGACGAUACCCCGAUGACACAGACGACAGUUUGUCGUCCGACUCGGACGAUGAAGUGGCGUGGUGUUCGGACAUGUUACCUCAAGGAAAGAGAUCAUCGCCACGAGCCCUCCGAACUCUCUUUACAAACAUGGCUAUGACAAGCAAAUAAUCUACCACGACAUGAAUAACCACCGGAUCUGC